AACGACACGUUCGCAACAAACACUAACAAUAACAGUGCCAACGUUGGAAAACAGUCGUUUGGUGCAAACAACAUCAACAGCUUAAGCAGUAUUUUGCCCGCGCACAUAUUUGCAAAUUUCACAUCAAAUGUUGCACAGCAAGUCUUCACAAAUUCAUAUCAUGAACGUCUGGGUGCAUUGGCCGGAUUGACCGAGAAUGCUGGUGGCAGUACAAGUGAAGUGGAUGACAAUUCUCUCGACAACAUGAACACAAAUGCUCAACCCAAUUUGCCAAAUGAAAAUGUCUUGCUGCAAAAUGUCAUUGACAAAAACAUUAUCGCAGAAGCCCAAGAAAUUAUCUCAAGCUUGCAAGUCGAAGGGCACAACAAUAACGAAUUCAAUGAUUCAAUAAAAAACGAUCCAGACUCGUGUAUCUCAUCAACUGAUGAUAUUGACGAGUUCGAAGAUGAGAUGAGCUCGUUCUCCGAUGGUCCGAUGCUUCCUGAAAGGGACAUAAUUUUCAAUUUGCAAGCACCAGCAUUUGUGCCAAACUACUUGAAUAUGCACUAUGUUUGUGAAACCGGAAGCCGAAUUCUUCUACUCUCCAUAUGCUGGUUCAAGAAAUUCCAUGCAUUCAAUUUACUGAGUGUAAAGACGCAGGCACUUCUUCUACAAAACUGCUGGACCGAACUAUUUUUCAUCGGUUACGCACAGUCUUCACAUUCAGUAUCACUUCCCACGGUAAUCAGUUCGUUGUCGAACACAGUUGAAAGUGCAAUAACACAAGAAAAAAUGCAGCCGAACAAACUAAAAAGACUCUCCGAACACAUUUGGAAGAUUAACGAUUUCUUUCAAGAGCUAAACAAGAUGAAUCUUGACGAUUUUGAAUUCGCUUUUCUUCGAUUCAUCAUCCUUUUCAAUACAGAUAACGUAAAAAUGGACGCUAACCAACGCGCAAAAAUUGAACGCAUACAGGACAUGUUUAUCAAAGGCUAUUUACACCAUAAACAGAUGGAGUUUGACUUCAACCGUUUGUUGAAGCUUCUUCUCAAAGUUCACUCUUUGCGUUCUCUUGAUGCAGAUCUAAUCGAAGAAUUAUUCUUCUCCAAACUGAUUGGAAUGCUUCAGAUCAACAAUGUCGUAUCGCAUAUUUUGAGCUUAGGGUCUGACUUCGCAACCGAAAUUUAAUUCAAUAUCGAGUAGAUAUUCCCACACUAGCUCCGUUUUAAGGUAAAAUUCGCUCUUGACACUAACUUUUAAUUAAUUUAUUAUUAUUAAGAUUUGAAUAAAUAUAUAUUCAAUUCGACAGAUAUUAUCAUGAGCUUCCACCUAUUUCAAUUGAUUAAAUAUAUAAAGCAACAAAAAUGAACGAAAUGAAAGAGAAAAUUGUAUGUGCAAAUUCAAUUUAGCUUGAAGCAAAGUCCGAUCAAAUAUUUAUUUUUUCCGUUUUUCAUAUUCGAUUGAAAGUUUUUUUUAUUAAGAAAAUGUCACUUUUAGGCUCGAUUAUUCAGGAGUUUACAGUAUUUGAAUAACGUUUUUGAUUUAGUUUAAUAUUAUGCUUCAUGUCACCGACAUGCUUUAUAUUGAUGAAACAGUUACAAUUAAUCAAGUUAAACUAAGAAUUAAGAGUCAUCUUUGGUCCAAUAAUAAAUUGAUGAUGAAGACGAAAAAAUUGCACAUUGAAAUUGAAAUAUUUUCUUGUAUCGAAAAAUAAACACAUCUAUUUAAU